AUGGAUCUGAAGACUGGCACACUGUUGGUUGCACCCGCCGUAAAGAACUCCAGCUGCUCGCAUCCCCGCUACACCGGGCACAAUUUCAUCGCCCACAUUGGCAUCGCGGAGACCAUUGAGGCGGUGCUCAUACUGGUCCUCACACUGGGCGUCAUCGGUGCCAAUUGUCUGGUCAUUUUCGUCAUAAACAAUCGUCGCUAUGCCGCCUACAUACACCAACAGCCACGUUAUCUACUCACCUCUCUGGCACUGAAUGACCUGACAAUUGGCCUGCUAAUUACACCGUUUGGGCUAAUGCCGGCAUUGUUCCACUGCUGGCCAUAUGGCGAGAUCUUCUGUCAGAUACAGGCACUGCUGCGUGGCGCGCUCUCACAGCAAAGCGCCGUUAUACUCGUGUGCAUGGCCGUCGACCGUUAUAUGUGCGCGUUGCAUCCGCGACGCUACUACCAGCACUCCAGCAAGAAGGGUUGUGUUGCCAUUUUAAGCUUAACCUGGAUCAUCAGCCUCACGGUAUUUGGCUUUCUUGUGCUGCCCAAAGGUUACUACUUCAACAAUACGGGUCUAAUGGCCUGCGAACCCUUCUAUAGCAAGCCAUCGUAUAGAAUUUUAUCGACAUGCGCCUUGUAUUUUCCCACAACCAUGGUGCUGAUGUACUGCUAUGGGUCGAGUUUCCACAUGAGCCGGUUCCGCCUGAAUGAUCCGACAAUGCCCCUAACGGCGGCUGCCCACCAUCCGCAUCCACAUCUACAUCCGGCCCAGCAGCAGCAACUCCAGCUGCAGCAUCAACAGCAUCAACAGCAUCAACAACAUCAUCAUCAGCAUCAAAAUCAACACCACCAACAGCAGCAGCAACACAUCUACCAUGGCCAUUCGCAUCAUCCGCACCAUCCGCAUCACCAUCAUGGAGGGGCGCCCGUGAUGGGGCACCACCUAAGCAUGGCCAUGAGCAUGGGACUGGCCGGGAUGCCGAGCAUGACAAACAAGAUUACCAAAAAGAUGGUACCCAUACAGGAGAAGAACUCCACUGGAUCCACGUCACGUUCGAUGGCUGCCAUUUCGUUGGGUUUCAUUGUUAUGGUCACGCCAUGGACCAUACAGGAGAUAGUCACUGCAUGCACCGGCUCCAAGUUGCCGCCGUUUCUUGAUUUUGUCGUCACUUGGACAGCGCUGAGCAACAGUCUCUGGAAUCCAUUCAUGUAUUGGCUACUCAACUCUGACUUUCGCCGUCUCAGUCGUCAAUUGAUGCCAAACAAAUGCUUCCCCAAUGAGGAAACGCCCGACCACAAAUCAGCCUGUUGUCACAUCAAUGCAAACGAUUUUGAGAUCACAACUUUGCCCGUGCCACCGGAGCCGCCCGCCUCUAGGCCGCCGGGCAAUAAUGGGGGUGCCGGUGCCGGUGCCGGUGCUGGAGCAGCCGGAACGGGCAGUGGAGUCGGUGGAAUUGGCAGCUCCAUUGGCGGCUCUGUGCUGGGCAUUUGCGGACGCUCCAGGGCCAACAGUUUGAGUCGCAGUGCCUCGCAGUGCAUCCGGAGCACGAUGGGCGGUGGACACGGUGUCUACGCGCAUCAGGCAGCGACCAACGAGGCCUACCCCACAAUGCGGCCCGACAUCGAAGGCCUCUCCGAGAAGUACUGGGGCGAGAUACUCGAACGCACCGUCAGCUCGGGCAACCUCAACGCCAUGCAAAAGACUUUGCCCCAUUUUCCCUACCACCAGCACCACAUGCACCAGCUGCAUCAGCCGCAGCAACACCAUCGCCAGCAGCAGCAGCAACAACAGCAGCAGCAGCAGCAGCAGCAGUCACAGCUGCAGACCACGUCCUUCAGCAAGGCCAGCGAUUUGCAGUUGAAUCUGUGCAAGGACUCCACUUCCGCCUCCGACCUGGGCAAGUUCUCCAACUCGGAGCCCAAGCUGUGCGAGCAUCUCUUUCACGAUGUCAACUGCGCCAAGAGCAAGGCAUUGGGAGAGGCCGAGUCCUCCGCCAAGUUGUCUGCGGGUCGCAGCAUUCCGGAUAUUUAGUACGCAGAGGACGUCAUACUCGCCAGCCAGAGGGCCCGCCAGGCCACCAAGUGCUCGCACCAUCCGCUGCACCAGCAGGCCCGGCUGCACCAUGGCGUCCACCAUUCGAGCAGUCUGCGGCUGAAUCGCAUACGCGUCUCCUGCCACAGUCCGCCGCCAGAGGUCACAGCUGCCUCGGCCAUGGCCGAGUAUCGUUCGUAAAGACAAAAAGAAUCCAUUUAUUGAUGGUGGAAAUGGUUUGACCAUAGAAUGUGUGUCUGUGUGAUGUAUCAGUAUGUGUGUUUGUCUGUCUAUAAUAUCGCAUGAUCAUCCAAUUGUAAUAUGUGCAUGUGUGUCGUAGGAUUUCAAUACAAAGAUAUCGUAAAUAUUGGCCUGCUGUAGAUCCUCUUUGCAUUAAAAAACUUUCCCAUCGGCCCCGAAAAUCUCAAAUGUUAACCAUAGUAAGUGUUCAUUCAGUGUUUGUGAUACCCUAAGAUACCCUAAAGAUACAUAAAUGUUGAGUGUUGUAUGAUAUUAUAUUAGAUAUAUGUAAGAAUGUAUGGCAUGUAUGUGUGUGCAUUCCAUUGAUCAACCAGGUUGACUUGAUAAAGGAGAAAGCUGUCCAAGAAGUGUCAAAGAGAAGUCAGACUUUCCUCUCAGCUAAUGCAUGUCCUUUCUCCAACUCGUUCCCCCUCCCACUUCAGGAGCGGGUUUUAUGAAUGGUUAUGGACCCUUAAAGCGUUGUGGUUAAUCAUAGUCCUAGUUGUCUAGCUCCAAUCGAAUCUAUACUCACAGUCUAACGAAUCGGAAUCGGAAUCGGAAUCAAAAUCAAAUCAAAUCCUAACUUUGUGAUUGUCAAGAAUUUAAGUUAGUCGGUGUACAAUUAUUGUUAAAUCAUCAUCUAAUUUGUAGCUAUAACGGAUUAGUUAAAUCAAAUCAAUUUAAUGUCUAAGCGAACAUUAGUUUAGACCUUAAUAAAUAAUAACAGCAACAAUAGAUAUGCAUA